CAGCGCUGGAUUAACUCUGUGUGGCAAGACUGGGCACAGAUUAUAGGAAAUAUUAUACUCUACAUCGUGACAUCUUAUUUUUUUGGGGGUUUACAUCCACUUUAAUCAUACAACUAAAAAAACGAAAUAAAUAUAGAUAUAUAUAUAAAUGUACACACUCUGGUGCUGGUGGGUAAUGCUGGUGUGGGUACUGCUGGUGCUGGUGGGUAUUAAUGUUGGAGUGGCGUGUGUACUGCCUGGGUACUCUACAUUGUGACAUCACAAAAAAAAAAAAUGUUUGGGUUUACAUCCACUUUAAGUUAUUAGUGCCCCUCAAGUUUUGACUGUAAUAUCUUAUGUGUCCCCCUUAUAUAGCAAUCUUAGAGUUGCCACUCGUUCGAGGAAGUGUAAAAAAGGUGAGGAAAAAUAAAGUUUAUUACGUGUUGGUGAAAAUAACCUUUAGUGCAGAAAUGAAACGUAAUGUUUUGAGUGGAGCACAGAAGAGGAAAAAGGCUGCAGAGGAGAAAGAGAAAAUGUGCAAACUUCCAAAACUAACAUCUUGGCUCAAUCCAGGUGCAACGUCAGCCAGUAGUUCUGCUCCUCCAGAUGUAGCAUCCACAUCUACAUGCACUCCAAUUCCAGCAGAAAUACCAAUGGUAUCAUUACCUGAUCCUACUGCUGGGGAAAAUCCACAAGAGGAAAUGCCCACAUCUGUAUCAGUAAGGGAGUUUGCAACCCAAGACACAGAUCCGGGGCUAUGGGAUAUUAGCAAUACUAGUACAGUGGAUUACUGGAUUCGUAGUGGGCCGACAGCAUGCCAGAAUCAUGACUGCAACCUUUUAAACUCAGGCAGAGUGUAUAAGGGAACUGGAAGAGAAAAUACACAGACAAGGUAUUUGUCAAAGAAUCUGUUUAAACGUGAAUUGCGGAAUGGCGAGUGUGUAAAGCGUGAAUGGCUACUCUAUUCGCCAUCCCAAGGUCGUUUGUACUGCUUUGCAUGUCGCCUAUUUUCCAAGACAGAAUCUCCCUUUGCUACAUCAGGAUAUAAUGACUGGAAACACAGCAAUGUUAUUGGUGAACAUGAAAAUGGAGAAGAACAUCGCAAGUGCAUGACGGCAUAUUUUAUUCGCCAUAAAGAAACUGGAAAUGUUGAUACACUAUUACUUCAACAACUUCGCUCAGAGCAGGAGUAUUGGCAUAAAGUGUUGACACGAGUGGUUUCUGUAAUUCGCUUUCUUGCCUCCAGAGGUUUGCCAUUUCGUGGAGAAAACCAAAUAAUUGGGUCUGCUAAAAAUGGAAACUAUUUGGGUAUUCUUGAGCUGUUAAGUGAAUUUGACCCUUUUUUGGAAGAACAUCUCAAAUUGUAUGGGAAUCCAGGAAAGGGGAACCCAUCAUAUUUAUCAGCAAACAUUUGUGAGGAAUUCAUUGAAAUAAUGGGACAACAUGUUCUUUCUGCUAUUCUUGAAGAAAUAAAAGAAUCAAAAUAUUAUUCAAUAAGUGUAGAUUCCACUCCAGACAUCUCACACACCGAUCAACUGACAUUUACUGUCCGGUACAUUCGAGGAUGUGAACCCGUGGAACGUUUUCUUAAGUUCAUCCCCAUCUUUUCUCAUGGAGCAAAGAAUCUUGCCGACACUGUUGUGGGAUUCCUUAAGGAGAACAAAAUUCCACUAUCCAACUGCCGUGGUCAGUCAUAUGACAAUGCCUCAAAUAUGUCUGGACGCUAUACUGGAUUGCAAGCACGGAUUCUUCAGUUGAAUGAGUUUGCCAUGUAUGUCCCCUGUGCUGGACACAGCUUGAACCUGGUGGGAGUAAAAGCAGCAGAGUGUUGUCUACAGUGUGUAAAAUUCUUCGACUUUGUUCAGCGUCUUUAUUCAUUCUUCUCUGCUUCCACACAUCGAUGGAAUAUUCUUGCAACAUCUCUUGGGAAAAACAUUGUGGUCAAGCGUCUGUCUGACACAAGAUGGUCGGCACAUUUUGAUGCUGUUCAUGCUUUACAUGAGGGUUUUGAGAAAAUUAAAAAUGCACUAGAUUCUGUAUCAGCUGACACUGAACAGGAAGUAAAUACAAGGCGAGAGGCAAAAGGAUUGAGUGACAAAAUGGAAAACCUGGAAACGAUCUUCCUCACAAUUCUUUGGAAUGACGUUCUUGAAAGAGUCAACAAAACAAGCAAGGUCCUGCAAUCAGAGGAUAUGAAUAUACUUGUUGCCAUGAACCUUCUUGAGUCUCUAAAAACUUAUCUUCAGGAUACUAGAGACAGAUUUAGUGCAUAUGAAUUGAAAGCCAGGAGUAGGUGUCCAGAUUCAGAAUAUAAGGAAAAACGGGAAGGAAAGCGAAGUGUACGCCUCACUAGAUAUGACGGAUCAGAAGAAGAGGUACUUCUCAGUAAAAGUGAAAAGUUUAAGGUGGAAACAUUCCUUCCUGUUCUGGACUCUCUAAUUCCUGCACUGACAAAACGUGCAGAAGCUUAUUCAUCGAUUGGAAAUAUGUUUUCAUUCUUCUGUGAAUUAAAAACAAUUCGUUCUGAUGACCUAAAAAAAAGGUGUGAAUACCUGGCUAAUGUUUAUCACAAAGAUCUUGAUUAUGGUGACCUACUAAAUGAAUGUGAGCAUCUCAAGCACUACAUGAUUCUUGAUCAAAAUUGUGAGACUCUUCCUGCAUUGUACAGAAAAAUAAUUUCAGACAACUUGAAAUCUGUUUUUCCGAAUGUGGAAAUUGCACUCAGAGUGUUCAUGUGCAUGAUGGUGACCAACUGUGCAGGAGAGCGUUCGUUCUCAAGAUUGAAACUGAUAAAAAAUGAGCUUCGCAGCACAAUGGGGCAGCAUCGUUUGAACUGGCUUUCACUAAUGUGCAUUGAAAAUGACAUCCUAAAAACCAUUGACUUCAAGCCAGUUAUAAAGGAAUUCUGUACAAAAAAGUGUCGCAAAUUUAAUAAAUGAUUAGUGUUUUUGUA